AUGGACCUACGACUAGCCGUGGAGGACUUCAAGACGCAACUGGGCGCUGGCCUAGUUGACAAGAUUGCCGCCGAUGACGCUCUCGCUUCUCUUCUCCGUCUCAAUCCUGACCAGACAACGUCAAAGGCGGAGGCGUCUGAGGAGAAGGCGGAGGAUGAACUCGCCUCCACGACCCCCACCACAGCUUCACGCAGACGUGGCGCUAAACGAAAAUCUCGAGGUCGACUCUGGAGCAGACCGAAGCGCUUAAAGGGACAGUGUAUGGAUGAAACUGAAACGCCCCCAGAUAACGAAGAGACCGAUGUAGACGCACCUACUGCUCGAAUCCUUCGUCUUCACGAAGAAGCUCUUGAGGGCCUUCAGCAUCUUCACGAUGAGGCUGUUAAAUUGAAGGCUUUUGCUACCAACACUGAAAAGGAGCGCUUUGAUGCUGAACGGUUAACCUGUCUGCGUCUUCGGAAGGACGUCGAAGCCUGGGAAGAGGCCAGGAAACCUAAGAAGAAGCAGCAGCCACAGCAGCAGAAACGUGUUGCGCUAUCGGAGGCACAGCCAUUAGAAAAGAUCAUAACAGUGGCCGUCAACAAUCGCUGCGAGAAUACAACCCCCUCCGCCGCCGCUGCUGCUCCUCCCCCUCCCCUGUCGAGGCAAUCGCUG